AUGGCAGGUGAAGCAUUCCGACAGCUCAACCCAGGCACUGAGGGAUUUGCUGCGAAAAACGUGCUAUUCAAGAGCCCUCUGGUCAUAGAUGAGACGGGUAGCGUGGACAUUAUCACGUCUCUCAAGCCAGUUGCCUUUAAUGACAUGAUGAAUUCAGAAUGGUAUUCUUUCGUAAUAGCAAGCCACGAUGGCAGUGUUUGGACGGAGAUCUGCAGCGGUCAAGUCCAGGCAGGAGCCGAGCAUGAGCCUUGCCAGAUCAAAAUUCUGCGUGGAAGAGCCUCAGCCAAUGUGAACCUAGUGAAGCAACAUGAGAGCCAUUACGUUAUCCACUUAACUAUGCUUGAUCGAUGUCUUCAGCUUAUGAGUGUUGCAGGCGCAGCCGGAGUUUGCCGACGCAUUAUCAAGAAUGCCAUUCCCUCUUCUGUUGAGCACUUGCUCGUCAGGAGCGUUGGCGAAUACAUGGACAUUAAUGUGGAUGUCAAACAGGAAACUGGUAACUUCCUAGCUGGGGAUGCAACUGCUAUGUUCGAAGACAAAGUUGUACUUUCCAUGAAGCGCGGGAUGCUCUUCUCACAUGGCAGUGAAGGAAAUAUAAGGCCCAUCCCACUUAUGGCCCAGCCGCCUCAGGUGUUGCUCCCACACUUCGAGAUGUCCAAAUCCCUACUGGAGACCCUAGACCAGACGAAUACAAUUGCAGGGAUUUACAUGUGGGCUCUGAUGUCGACCGUGGAAAAGGAGGCCAUCAUUGAAGAUCUACGCUUCGAACUGGUACAUGAAGAGGACCCCAUGAUCCCGGUUGUCUGCAUGGAACGAAUUUAUACAAACUGCGAGGACAUCAUGGCUGAUAAAAUUUACAUCUCACAAAACAUGCAACAUGUAACUUUGGACAUCAGACAUGAUCCUCUGGAACAAGGCUUCGCAGAAUCCGCAUUCAAUCUCAUUAUCGCAUCCAAUGUUCUCCGUACAACACCAAGCUUGACACGUUCGUUGGAACAUAUUAAAAAGCUGCUUUCCCCAAAUGGGUACAUUCUGCUCCAUGAGUUGCACUCAGAAGCACUGUAUACAGAUUAUAUUAUGCCAACUAUUUCGUUGCUAGUUGCCGACAGGCAGUCUCCAGGUAUCUGGGCGAAUAAGCUUGAGAAUCCGAAUAGUGGUGUGCUUGAUGAAGGGACAGCAGAGAUGAUGUCUAGCGAGGUGGUGGACUAG